CAACAAGAGGUUUUGCCAGUAAUUCUCGCGCGCUGCUCAAAUCUGCAACCAGCGAGUCGCUCCGGAUCUGUGCAACCGGACAAGAGACUUUCCCGGAGGAUUUGAUCACACCGGGGGCCAGUGCGGAGGUGGUCGCUAAGGAGACCCGGAUCAAGAGUCUGAAAGAGAUGCCGGGACCCAGCGCCGUCAGCAACCUGAUCGAGUUCUUUUACCGGGACGGUUUCAGUAGAAUCCACGAAAUACAGAUGGAACACUCUCAGAAGUAUGGGAAGAUCUUUAAAUCUCGUUUCGGCCCCCAGCUGGUUGUGUCUAUCGCAGGGCGGGAUCUGGUUGCCGAGGUGCUGAGGACGGAGGGUGUGGCCCCGCAGAGAGGCAACAUGGAGUCCUGGAAGGAGUACCGCGACCUGAGGGGCCGAUCUACCGGACUUAUCUCAGCGGAGGGUGAGGACUGGUUGAAGAUGCGUAGCAUCCUCCGUCAGCUGAUCAUGAGACCGAAGGACGUGGCUCAGUUCUCUGACGACGUGAAUGCUGUGGUGGAGGACCUGGUGAAGAGAGUGGAUACACUGAGGAGCCAGCAGUCAGACGGACUCACUGUAUUCAAUAUUAACGAUCUGUUUUUCAAAUACGCAAUGGAAGGUAUGGCAGCCAUCUUGUACGAGGACCGUCUGGGCUGCUUGGAGAAUGAGAUUCCUCAGAAGAGCCAGGACUACAUCGCAGCCCUGCACCUGAUGUUUAGUUCCUUUAAGAUGACUAUGUACGCCGGGGCCAUCCCCAAGUGGCUCAGAACCAUCAUCCCCAGACCCUGGGAGGAGUUCUGCAGCUCCUGGGACGGACUCUUCAGUUUCAGCCAGAUCCAUGUAGAUAAGCGUCUGGGGGAGAUCCAGGAUCUGGUGUCCCGAGGAGAGAUGGUGAAGGGGGGGCUGUUAACUCACAUGCUGGUGACCCGAGAGAUGAACCUGGAGGAGAUCUACGCUAACAUGACUGAGAUGUUACUGGCUGGGGUGGAUACGACAUCAUUCACCCUGUCCUGGGCCUGCUACCUCUUGGCCCGUCACCCUGAGGUCCAGCAGGAGAUCUACGAGGAGGUGACGAGGACUCUGGGACACGGGACCAUCCCCACCGCUGAUGACGUCCCCCGUCUACCCCUCAUCAGAGGACUGGUGAAGGAGACACUAAGAAUGUUUCCUGUUCUUCCAGGUAAUGGUCGUGUUACCCAGGAUGACUUGGUGGUUGGCGGUUACUUCAUCCCCAAAGGGACCCAGUUGGCUCUAUGUCACUACUCUACCUCCAUGGACGAGGAGAAUUUCCCCGGGGCUGAUGACUUCCGUCCAGACCGCUGGAUCAGGAAGGACGCUACGGACCGGGUGGAUAACUUCGGCUCCAUCCCGUUCGGCUACGGCAUCAGGAGCUGCAUCGGCAGGAGGAUAGCUGAACUGGAGAUGCACCUGGCUCUUACACAGCUGAUCCAGAGGUUUCAGAUUGGGCUGUGUCCCAUCACAGAAGAAAUCAAAGCCAAAACCCACGGCCUCCUCUGUCCUGCUGCGCCCAUCAACCUGCAGUUUGCCGACAGACAACCCUAGACCAAAACCCACGGCCUCCUCUGUCCUGCUGCGCCCAUCAACCUGCAGUUUGCCGACAGACAACCCUAGAUCACAACCCACGGCCUCCUCUGUCCUGCUGCGCCCAUCAACCUGCAGUUUGCCGACAGACAACCCUAGACCACAACCCACGGCCUCCUCUGUCCUGCUGCGCCCAUCAACCUGCAGUUUGCCGACAGACAACCCUAGACCAAAACCCACGGCCUCCUCUGUCCUGCUGCGCCCAUCAGCCUGCAGUUUGCCGACAGACAACCCUAGACCAAAACCCACAGCCUCCUCUGUCCUGCUGCGCCCAUCAACCUGCAGUUUGCUGACAGACAACCCUAGACCAAAACCCACGGCCUCCUCUGUCCUGCUGCGCCCAUCAACCUGCAGUUUGCCGACAGACAACCCUAGACCAAAACCCACUGCUGUCCUCUGUCCUACUGCGCCCAUCAACCUGCAGUUUGCCGACAGACAACCCUAGACCAAAACCCACGGCCUCCUCUGUCCUGCUGCGCCCAUCAACCUGCAGUUUGCCGACAGACAACCCUAGACCAAAACCCACUGCUGUCCUCUGUCCUACUGCGCCCAUCAACCUGCAGUUUGCCGACAGACAACCCUAGACCAAAACCCACGGCCUCCUCUGUCCUGCUGCGCCCAUCAACCUGCAGUUUGCCGACAGACAACCCUAGACCACAACCCACGGCCUCCUCUGUCCUGCUGCGCCCAUCAACCUGCAGUUUGCCGACAGACAACCCUAGACCAAAACCCACGGCCUCCUCUGUCCUGCUGCGCCCAUCAACCUGCAGUUUGCCGACAGACAACCCUAGACCAAAACCCACUGCUGUCCUCUGUCCUACUGCGCCCAUCAACCUGCAGUUUGCCGACAGACAACCCUAGACCAAAACCCACUGCUGUCCUCAGUCCUACUGCGCCCAUCAACCUGCAGUUUGCCGACAGACAACCCUAGACCAAAACCCAUGGCCUCCUCUGUCCUCAACCUGCAGUUUGCCGACAGACGACCCUGGACAGAUACACUGUUUAACUCCUUUCUUCUCCUUAUCUCUCUAGUGAGGAGGUAAAUGGGAGAAUAACAGACAGACUGUCGUAAGGCAGGUUUAUACCAUCCUGUACCCAGAUGCUAUUGUUCUGUAUAAACAGCCUCUAAGAUACAGGAUGUACCCAGAUGUUAUUGUUCUGUAUAAACAGCCUCUAAGAUACAGGAUGUACCCAGAUGUUAUUGUUCUGUAUAAACAGCCUCUAAGAUACAGGAUGUACCCAGAUGUUAUUGUUCUGUAUAAACAGCCUCUAAGAUACAGGAUGUACCCAGAUGUUAUUGUUCUGUAUAAACAGCCUCUAAGAUACAGGAUGUACCCAGAUGUUAUUGUUCUGUAUAAACAGCCUCUAAGAUACAGGAUGUACCCAGAUGUUAUUGUUCUGUAUAAACAGCCUCUAAGAUACAGGAUGUACCCAGAUGCUAUUGUUCUGUAUAAACAGCCUCUAAGAUACAGGAUGUACCCAGAUGUUAUUGUUCUGUAUAAACAGCCUCUAAGAUACAGGAUGUACCCAGAUGUUAUUGUUCUGUAUAAACAGCCUCUAAGAUACAGGAUGUACCCAGAUGUUAUUGUUCUGUAUAAACAGCCUCUAAGAUACAGGAUGUACCCAGAUGUUAUUGUUCUGUAUAAACAGCCUCUAAGAUACAGGAUGUACCCAGAUGUUAUUGUUCUGUAUAAACAGCCUCUAAGAUACAGGAUGUACCCAGAUGUUAUUGUUCUGUAUAAACAGCCUCUAAGAUACAGGAUGUACCCAGAUGUUAUUGUUCUGUAUAAACAGCCUCUAAGAUACAGGAUGUACCCAGAUGUUAUUGUUCUGUAUAAACAGCCUCUAAGAUACAGGAUGUACCCAGAUGUUAUUGUUCUGUAUAAACAGCCUCUAAGAUACAGGAUGUACCCAGAUGUUAUUGUUCUGUAUAAACAGCCUCUAAGAUACAGGAUGUACCCAGAUGUUAUUGUUCUGUAUAAACAGCCUCUAAGAUACAGGAUGUA